AGCUCCGGGCUUCAAUCCAACCCCUGCAGCGCUGGCAAGACGAUAUGAGACAGAGAGAAAAAAAAAAAAACAGGGUUUUGUGCAAGUCUGGUAAGAGCAACCACUUUUGCCUUGAAGUUUCAGUUCCUGUGUGUGCUCAGAAACACACACACCGCCGAGUAUUAACACUGAGCAACAACUCGGGGACACGGCGAGGCGGCUUUAUCAGAACAUCUCAAGUGCCCAGCGACUGUGUCGUCUCUGUUCUCAGUUUCCAGUCCUAGCAGAGUCCGGAGGGAGAGCUCGUUUGGUUUGGGGUGGCAGACCGAAAUAAAAAAAAAAAAAUGUCUUUGGAAGAAUCCGAGAGCAAGGAGUGGGCGAUCCUGAGUCCUGUGGAUUUCAUCCAGCUGCAGCAGUACAUCGACUACUCGAACCUCAAGAUGAAGGACGCCUUGAAGGAGUUCUACAGAGAUGGAGUUUUGUCAAAGUAUCGUCAUGGCGAGUGUAUAGAGGAGGAAGGCUUCAAGCUCUUCAUGAAGACCUAUCUGGAUGUUAAAGAGGUCCCAGAGGACCUGUGCCACAGAUUAUUCAUGUACUUCCAGAAGACAUCCGAGCCAGACAGUGCGAACCAAUCGCAGAGCACCCCGGCUGGUCCAGGCAGUGCGAACCAAUCGCAGAGCACCCCGGCUGCCCCUGGGCAGGUCUGCAUGAAGGACGUUUCCUGUUACCUGUCUCUGCUGGAGGGGGGCUGUCCCGAGGACAAGCUGGAGUUUACCUUCAAGCUGUAUGACAAGGAUGGGAACGGUCUGCUGGACAGUUCGGAGGUGGAUCGAAUCAUCGCUCAGAUGAUGCAUGUUGCUGACUAUCUGGAAUGGGACGUGUCGGAGCUGAAACCGAUCCUGAAGGAGAUGAUGAAAGCGAUCGACUACGACGGCAAUGGGACGGUGUCCCUGGAGGAGUGGAUCAGAGGGGGGAUGGCGAACGUCCCCAUGCUGGUCCUGCUGGGGCUAGAAGCAACCAUCAAGGACGACGGGCAGCACCUGUGGCAGCUGAAGCAUUUCAAAAGGCCUGUGUACUGCAAUGUGUGCCACAGCCUGCUGGUGGGGCUGAGGAAGCAAGGGCUCUGCUGCACCUGCUGUAAAUACACAGUCCAUGAACGCUGCACCACCAGAGCACUGCUCCCCUGCAUCAGCACCUUCGCCAAGUCGAAGAAGGACGCCGGUGUGCAGCCCCAUGUGUGGGUGGAAGGGAACUGCGAAGCCAGUAAGUGUGAUCGCUGCCAGAAGAAGAUCAAGAGCUACCAGGGUCUGACAGGGAUGCGCUGCGUGUGGUGCCACAUGAAGAUCCACAAUGACUGUGUGUCCCAGGUUUCCUCGGAGUGUGACUGCGGUGCUCUCAAAGAUCACAUCCUCCCUCCCUGUGCAAUCUACCCGGUCAUCCUGGAGAGGCAGAACUGUCCCAAGAACGGAUCUCCGAGUCCCACGCUGUCCGAGGAGACGGAGCAGUCCUUCACAACCCCCGACGGGCAGAUCCUGCGGAUCACCCCAGUCCCGGAGACGCACCCCCUGCUGGUUUUCGUGAACCUCAAAAGUGGAGGCAAACAGGGCAAGAGGGUGCUGAGGAAGUUCAGGUAUCUGCUGAACCCCAGACAGGUGUACGACCUUUCCAAUGGGGGGCCUGCUCCAGGGUUGAAUUUCUUUCGGGAUCUCCUGGAUUACCGGAUUCUGGUCUGUGGCGGGGAUGGCACAGUCGGCUGGAUUCUGGAUGCCAUAGAUAAAGCCAACCUGUUGGUACGCCCCCCCGUCGCUGUGCUGCCCUUGGGCACUGGCAAUGACCUGGCGAGAUGCCUGCGCUGGGGAGGAGGCUAUGAUGGGGAGGACCUGCAGCGGAUUCUGCGGGAUAUUGAACUCAGCAGUCAGGUCCUGAUGGAUCGCUGGAGCGUGCAGGUGAUCCCAGACAACCCCCAGGAGAAAGGGGACCCCGUGCCCAACGACAUCAUCAACAACUACUUCUCCAUCGGAGUGGACGCCUCCAUCGCUCACCGAUUCCAUCAGAUGAGGGAGAAACACCCGCAGAAACUCAACAGCAGGGUGAAGAAUAAGCUGUGGUACUUUGAGUUUGCCACUUCAGAGACCAUCUCUGCCUCGUGCAAGAAGCUCAAUGAGUGCCUGACCCUCCAGUGUUGUGGAUUGCCCAUCGAUCUGAGCAGCCUCUCUCUGGAGGGCAUCGCCAUCCUCAACAUUCCCAGCAUGCACGGCGGCUCCAACCUGUGGGCGAGACCAAGAAGCUGGACCCCUGGCUCGACCAAUCAGCAGCCAGAGGUCAUCACGGACCCUGAGGUCCUGAAAGGCAGUGUUCAAGACUCCAGUGACAAGCGUCUGGAGGUGGUGGGGCUGGAGGGAGCCAUUGAGAUGGGUCAGAUCUACACCGGGCUGAAGAGUGCAGGGAGGCGUCUGGCAAAGUGCUCCCAGAUCACAAUCAAGACAAAGAAGCCCCUCCCAAUGCAGAUAGAUGGGGAGCCCUGGAUGCAGCCUCCGGUGUACUGUGAGUAUCGCCCCCUGCUGGAGCUCGAGAGAUUAGCAGUAUCCCUGUGAAUCCACACACUGUGCUGCAAGUCUCCCAUUCCCAUUCAAAACACUGUUCCUAUUUAGUACACCUGCAGGAGCCGCUGCCCGAAACGUUUGUCUGCUUGACUCUGUUUCUUCUGUCAUUUUGAUCUGAGCAUUUCUCCGGGUGCCUUUUCAACACACCGCUGACAAACCCGAAUCCCUUAACA